UAUUUACAGCUGAUCUUGCCAACCACAAACAUCAAUUUACACAGAGCAGGUCGGUCGGACCUGAACCAGAAAAAGAAGAAGUAAUAUCGCUGUCGACUGUGUGGCAAAAUAUUAUUUCAUCAAAGCAGCAGCAGCAAAACUAAAUAAAUGAGUCAAUGCGAGAAUGCUUUUAAGUUUCCGGCGCAAAUACAUUGUAGUGGUAGCGUUGGUUUCAAGAGCACUUUAUUUGCAAGCAACGUAUAAUGCUGCCGUGGAAGAAAAAUAAAUUCGAUCUAAUCGAAGACGACAAGCAGUCAAAGCCGAAGGGCUAUGCGGCGAGUCUCAACUACUCUGCACUCACGUCCUUUGCAAAGUCCUGCCCAGAGAGCGCUCUCAGCAGGGUCGGAAGCAUGUUCAAAUCCAAGAGGAAAAAAGUGAGUAUCACCAACGAGGACCCCACUUACACGGUGCUGUACCUGGGCAACGCAACCACUAUCCAGUCCAAGGGAGACGGCUGCACGGACGUGGCAGUGAGCAAGAUCUGGAACAAGAGCGAAAUGGGCAAAAACGGAACCAAGAUGAAACUUACCAUCAGCUCCCAGGGGAUCCGCAUGGUUCAUGUGGAUGACAAAGCGCGCAGACCGGGUCACUUGUACCUGUUGCACCGGAUAACGUACUGCGUUGCGGACCCUAGGCUACCCAGGAUUUUCGUCUGGAUUUACAGGCACGAGAUGAAGCACAAAGCCGUCAUGCUGCGGUGCCACGCCGUGCUCGUCUCCAAACCAGAGAAAGCUAAAGCCAUGGCGCUUUUGUUGUACCAGACUUCGGCUACAGCCCUGGCGGAGUUUAAGAGGGUUAAGCGCAGGGACGAUGCCCGGCACCAGCAACAGCAGCUGAUAGGGGAGCAGACAAUCCCCCUGGUCCCCCUCAGGAAGCUCUUAAACGGACAGUGUUAUUACAAACCUCCAGUGGAGCGGAGCCGGAGCGCACCGAAACUGGGCUCCAUCACCGAGGAUCUUCUCGGGGAGGAGGAAGAGGAAAAAGCGAAACAUUUCGAGUGCGAGGACAUUCUGGACACAGAUGACGACUGCUUGGGCAAUGGUAAACAAGAACUUUCUCAGAUAAUCAGCGAUCUGGGAGAAAUGUGCAUUGGUAAUGACGUCCAGACUCUGAAAUCGGACCUGAGAGUCACCCGGUUACUGUCCGGGGAAAGCACGGGGAGCGAAUCUUCAAUAGACAGUAACCAGGAUCCGAAUUCACUUUGCAACGGCUUCGAGGAAGUCAAAGAGCAAGAGAUAGCAUGAUGAUUUAUUAUUAUUAUUAUUAUUAUUAUUAUUAUUAUUAUUAUUAUUAUUAUUAUUAUUAUAAUAUUUGCAUUUAAGUGGUUUUUUUUCAUGCUGAUAUUAACAAAAAACUGCCCCAUUCCAACCAUGCUUUUUAUCCCCUCGUGUUGUGUGUUUUUUUUUUUUAAAGGGUCGUAUUUAUAAUGUGCAAUCCAUAUUGUGAAGCAUUCACAAUAAAGAACUGACGUGUACGACACUUCUGCAAUACAGAAGCGUGUCCUUCCGGUGACUGCAAGUGUUUAUGGAGGAGUACUUAGAGCUACUUUUAUUAACGCGCACACACGCACACGUAUCCUCCUCUUAAUGAACGAAAAGACGCGUUGAACUUGUGAAGGUACAGUGUUUACCUAGAGAUAUGCCAAAUUCUUUAAAUAACCCUGCCUUGGGACGGGGUCACGUGCAGUUCUAUGUUUCUAAAUGAUUCACACAACAAAACGCGAUUACUAGCUUCUUUAUUCAAGACAUUCCGUUUUUCUAUAUAUUAUUAUUAUUAUUAUUAUUAUUAUUGGCAGUAGUAGUAUUAUAACUGUUGUGAAGUUUGUUUGAAUGUUUUAUUUUUGUAAUUUGGUAAUAGUAUUGUCCUAUUACCCCUCGCCAUAAAUGUUCUUGUAAGCAUACAUGUUAUAUCUUUGCUGUGCAAAAGGAAAGACAUACCUUAAAGUAUUCAGUUGUAUAUAGUAAAUGUGUAUAAAAAAUGUUAUUUUUAAAAAAAAAGAUGUUUACUGUGAGCUCACAAAUACCAAUAAAUAAAAGAUACAUGAAACCUG